AUGCCGAAGCAAAAAACCGCGUCUACCAGUCGAACCCCGGCCAAAUCUACAAGAAAGAGCCUUACGAAGGAGCAGAAGGAGGUGUGGAAAAGACACUGCGAAGCGGCUCAAUGGCGGGAAGACAAGUGGUUUAAGCACCCCGAGGGCACUGCGACAAUCACAAAAACGGAUGCAAAGAAACUAAUGGUCACUCCCCGUCUGACAGACCUUGAAAUUGGCACCCUGCCAUACCAGUCAUCCACUUCCGCAGCUGGGUACCCAAUGAAACUAUACUCAAUGAAGGCAAUCAACGAGUUGAUCAAGAAGCGUUGUGAACUCUGGGGCAUCCCAUCUCCUGCACUGUCCACGCCAGUCCGAAAAGCUGGACCUAAACGAGGGUCAUCACCGUUUGUCGGGAUCGUCUCUGGGAAGGGUUUGUUCAAUGACCCCAUAUACGAUCGAUUGGACGAUCCUGAAAAACUAGAUGCUGUUAUCCGGCGCGAAUAUGUCCAGCCUCCUGGUGUUUCGGAAGAUGAUCCUGACCCCAAGAGUAUCCGUUUCGAAAGCGGCCAAAUAACGCGCAUUGCCCUCAAGGAACACGAUGCGUGUCUCCUGUAUUGCCUUCAGCGAAAGGACCUCGAUAUUCUCAGAACUCCUAGUGGCUGGUUUGACCUCGUAUCAGUCGAGGUUCGAGCUUUGGAGGUCCACGGAGGUCUGAAGAAGCACAAUCAAAUUGUCAUCGAACAGCGCCUACAGGACGCCAAAGCGAUAGAUGCUUAUACAUAUGGAGAAAUAUCAUCGCGGUCUCGAAACACCAUUGAGAAGCUACUCACCAGACUUGGAGAGAUUUUUGAAUAA